AUGGCUAUCUCAAAUGACCGCCAGACUGUCACGAUCGGAGCUGGUGUGACAUGGCCUCCGCUGUACGCGUAUCUGGAUGGCUUCAAUGUCUCAGCCAAUGGCAUUCGCUCUGGUAAUGGCGGAGUGGUUGGUGCAAUUUUAGGCGGGGGGCCCUUUGGUUUCAUGUCCUAUGAAUUCGGGAUGUCCAACAUUGCUAGAUCUCUAGACUGCGUUCUUGCCGAUGGAACUUUAGUAACAGCGAGCACCGACGAACAUCCUGACUUAUUCUGGGCCUUGGUUGGAGGCGGCAACAACUACUGUGUCGUUACGAAAGCCGUCCUGAAUACUGUUCCAGUUUCUUCUGCGUUGAUAGGAACAGUCUCCUGGGGAUCAGGCGUAUCAGAGCAAUACAUUAAGAGUGUAGAGCAAUUUGCCCUUCAUGGCGCGGAAUACCCCAAGGCUUCUUUUGAGGGCCAGACUCGUUGGGUGCCAUCCCGCAGCAGCGAGAUCUCAUUUGAUGGGUACCUUUGGUACAGCGGUGAGGGAAAUGAACCCCUGGGGCUGGAGAACUUCACUGCACCUGUCCUCCCUAUUACAAGAGGAAACCUCACGCGAACGACUAUGGGCGCUUGGUCAAAUGCGUUCAACUAUGCGCCUCCCCUCGGAACGCGAGCUAUCUUCCACUGGCUGACAAGCCCAGCCAAUGCUACCGCUGCAAGAAUCGCAUUCGACACUUACUACGAGUCUAUCGCGUCUUUAGCAGAUGUCGAAGGUUUUUCAACCACAUUCAGCAUGCUUCCCGUCACACCCAUUGUGACAAGGGCUCCCGAAAACGCAAUGGGUCUAGGAAGCGACGACAGUCCAGCGAUCUGGUACGUGGAGAGCCCUCUAUGGUCGAGGCCCGAAGACGACGCGCGUGUGCUGGAGGUACACGCCGAGGCCAACAUCAAAAUCCGAGAAAAUCUUUCCGCAGCCGGCCUCGGACCCCUUCCAUUCAUGUACCUCAGUGACAUACAGAAGUCACAGAUUCCGGAGACCUUCCCCUCCUAUGGGGCGGAAAACUUGCGGAAGCUCAAGACCAUCAGGGACAAAUAUGACCCUGACCGAGUUUUCACUGAACUUGUCCCUGGAGGUGCCAAGGUUGCUUUGUCUUGA